AUUUUUCCGCUAACACACUGAUCAAUAGCUUAACGAAACAGUGCUUAUACUUUGCAAACGUUUUGAGUGCACUUCCGUUUUCAAUAGCCCUCCGACAUGUCUGAUGAAAAAGCCAUACCCAAAACAGAUUACAAACUAGAGGCCGACUCGGAACUACGUUUUGAAAUAGAAAAUAAAAAUGAAAAAGUAACUGUUGUGCUUCUAAAUGGACAAGCCGAGUUAUUUGGCACCGAAGUGGUGGUUAAGAAACCGUACGAAUUUGUGACGGGAGCGAAGGUGGCCAUUUAUACGUACCAUGGUUGUACGUUAGAACUACGAGGUAAACCGGACGUAGCAUACGUUGCAAAGGAAACGCCGAUGGUGAUGUACUUAAAUGCAAACUCAGCACUGGAACAUUUGCGAAACAAGGCGGAACAAGAAGACGCUCAAGGGCCGAUCGUAAUGGUGGUAGGACCGAUGGACGUCGGUAAAACUACGCUCUGCCGUAUAUUUCUCAACUAUGCUGUGCGCCUUGGUCGAAGACCGAUCUUCGUAGAUUUGGAUGUAGGGCAAGGCGGUAUUGCCAUUCCUGGGACGAUCGGAGCGUUGCUGGUGGAACGACCAGCACCAGUAGCGGAAGGAUUUUCACAACAAGCCCCGCUCGUAUACCAUUAUGGCCACAGCAGUCCUUCAUCGAACAGUACAUUCUACGAUGUUCUCAUAUCCAAGCUUGCUGAGACUACAUUGGAAAGACUGCAAGCGAACAAAAAGGCUAAAUCGUCCGGAAUGAUCAUCAACACCUGUGGCUGGGUAAAAGGAUCCGGUUACUCGCAUAUCCUACACACAGUGUCGGCGUUCGAAGUGACCGCUAUUUUCGUAUUGGAUCAGGAGCGCCUUUACAACGAACUGCUGCGAGAUGUGAAACGCAGUGUGCAGGUGGUAUUUUUACCAAAAAGUGGCGGUGUUGUGGAACGCACCAGAUCGCAGCGCACGGAGGCACGAGAUCAACGCAUAAGGGAGUACUUCUAUGGUUCCAAAAUGCCACUGUUUCCUCAUAGCUUCGAUGUAAAGUUUGGAGACAUUAAAAUAUUCAAAGUUGGUUCGCCGCCGCUGCCGGACUCGUGCCUUCCGUUGGGAAUGAAAGCGGAAGACAACUACACGAAACUGGUCGCCGUUCAACCCGGUCCUCAGCUACUCCACCACAUAUUGGCAGUGAGCUUUGCGGAGAGUCCUGACGAGAACGUAAUACAAACGAAUGUGGCCGGUUUCAUUUGCGUGACGAACGUAAAUAUGGAUAAGCAAGUGCUAACUGUCUUAUCACCUCAGCCUCGCCCACUGCCACAAACAAUUUUACUUGUGUCCGAUUUGCAGUUUAUGGAUAGUCACUAA